UCUUGCUCGCUGUACGGUCUAUUCCUUGUGACAUUACGCAAAAUACUGUGCAAUUCAUCUGCCUGGACGCUCUCGCAAUUCCGCAACCAAUUAAUACCCUCAAUGCAUACCUUGUUCCACACCGUCGCAUCCCAAUCGCAACGAAUUUAGCGCAUAUCGAGCAUCUUGAGACGCAGCAUCUCUACCCAACACGUCCAUUCACACAUGAAGAAAGGCGACCUUGAGAUCGGGAAGCAGACCGGCCCAUACGACACCGAGAAGGUUCGCCAAAGAGUGCACAGAUGGCAGGCAGACAGCGCUGGAGCCAUCAGUCCAAAAGAACCCAAGAAUGUGGUAACUGUACAGUACGACGAAGAAGCUGUGGAGACGACACGAGUCAAGCGAUCAAAUAAGACUUCGCCAGGAAAGUCGCGAAUCGAAUCGAACAAACAGUCGUCUCCCACGAAAUCGCUCAAGACGCUUCGAGACCUCGACGCGGAUCGACAAGCUUGGGUUCGUAAGAAGGGCACUCCCCGAAAUGAUCUGGACUCGGACAUCAAACACGCUGCGGCUCCUUUGAAGCGAGUAGUCAGCGAUGCGCACUGGCGCAAAGACCGUUCUCCCACCAAGACGCCUCCGCCUAUAUCAAGCACAGAUGCGAAGUCUUACACUAUCAAACGAACUACCGUUCCUAGGGAGAACAACACUUCUCCCCAGCUCAAUGGGGACAACGACGGGAUUAGAGUUAGGCCAAUCAGAGACGACGACGACGACGACGAUGCUGCCCAGAUACCAUCAGCCAAGGAAGCAUCUCGCAUGCCGACCAACGACCACACAUCCAAGAAGCCGAAGCAGCGUAUCUCACGACAUCGAAUCAGCUCGACGAGCGCAGAUGAGCCAGCAAAUGAUAAGAAUACGAGAAGCGCCCGCGAAGGGAGUCGGGACAAUUCAGAACGCAAACGCAGGCUACGCCGUCGACAUGCUUCCCCGGCAGCUUCCGAGGCGGAAACAGAGAACAUGUCGAUUGCGCAGACCUUGGAUCCGGACGACAGUAUCAGUACCCGAAAUGCCCGUAGUCGAAAACGACACGGGCAGACGACCAGUGCGCGAGAGAGGUCUGUGGAGAAGGAGAGUCCGACCGCCGGCUCUAAAGAAAGAAUGAAAAUCGAAACACCGCCAUCAAAUACGGUGCCAGCGCCAGCACCUAUAUUUGGCAACCGAAUCGAAGCAUGGCUCGGCGGUACUCCCGACCCUUUUGUUGCAAACGAGGGUGCACAACAGGAAGGCGAGCGCGAAGAGAAACUGAUCUCAAAACGUCGGUCUGGUGAGUCUUCAGGUUUGAAAGGGUCUGUGAAGCGAAAAGGCUCUGCUCCUGCGAGCUCUAUCAACGAUAAAAAGGGUAAAGCCACACCAGCAUUGUGUUCUGCAGCCCCGGAUCCAAGCCUGAGAGAGACACUUCCACCCAUCCCGGAGUCUACGCCUUCCCACUUCAAAGACCGAGGCUCUUCUUACUCUACAUCCUCUGUAUCUUCAGACAUCCAACUGCCAGAUGUCCAGAGCAGCAGACAAACGCUGGAUCUUGAUUCUCGAAGACGGUUUCCUACUACAGGGAAACGACUAUCCACCAUUGCUUCAGCGGAGACACUGCAGGAAUCUGCGGCGCCAUCUGAAAUAUCUGAGCAAGAAACAGUUGUGCCGGAACGUACAGGGUCUUCGAGCAACACGAGCGGGCCCAAGCGUAGAUUGACUCGACAUGAAGACCUCAUAUCCGUGUUGUCACUACCCAUGACCGACGCUAAGAGUAUUGUCUCAGCUCGUAGUAUACGGACUAACCGAACUAGACUUGAGAAAGCUACUCUCCAAGAUCUCUGGAACGAGCUCACAGCAGAUGAGAUCAAGUACCAGCGUGAACUGCGCACAUUGGUGGACGGUGUGAUCCCGGUCCUUCUGUCCUGUGUGCUCUCCAAGUCAGAUUCAGCGACUGCCGCCGGUCUAUUUGGACGCUCUAUGGUGGACAAUGCGACCAUUACCAAGCCAAUUGUGGAUAUGGGAGUUGCUCUCGAGCGUUUAAAGGCACACCAUCGUCGAAUUCCGAAAAGCGAUAGCAAUGCACUUAUGUCAUGGGCUCAAGGAGCUACGCGCAUAUAUUCGGAUUAUCUCAAGGCAUGGAGAAUGGGAUUCCAAGACGUUGUCGUCAAUCUCGCACCUCCAGAUCCCAGCGCCAGCACCACGUGGGAUGAUGGAUUGUUGAGAAAUGAGGACGGUGACUUGAUCAACGGCGACGGGGAGAGAGUCGAUGUUGCCUUUCUGCUCAAGAGACCCCUUGUGCGUUUAAAGUAUCUUGCUAAAACGUUCAAGGGUUUCAACUUUCUCGCACCUUCGACUUCGACGAGCCUCAUGGUCGAAAAGUACCAAGAUUUAGUCACAGAGGCUCGUAGGAGAUCCAAUGAUGAACGAGCUCGAUUGGAAGACGAAGCAGCCGCAGCUAUUGAUCCAACUCGUGCUAGAGAUCUUCGAAGUCUAGCUUUGCUUAAAGGCGUCAGUGUUGAUGCAACACGAUGUGUGCGUGCCAGAGAUUACUUUGACAUGAACAUCAUCCACUCCAGCGGACAGCAGCUGGAUUGUAGGAUCGAGAUUGUUAUUCGCGACGAUAGUCCUGUUCGUGGAAAUGGUGGUGAUGUUCUUAUCUGCGAGAUAUCUGACACCGGGCGAUGGUUACUAUUCCCACCACUCAGUAAGGAGUUUGUCUCUGCAAGGACUGGUUCUAGUCCUGAGAAGAUCGUCAUCAUGGUCCGGGGGCGACACUCCAACCACCAGGAAUGGCAUGAACUUCUGUCUUUACGUGCCGGUGACGAAUCUACUGGAGCUGAAUGGGUGGAGAUGCUCGGCAUUAGCCCUGUGCCUCCAUCCCUGGCAAGGCAGUCCAGCUUUCUCACUAAGUCUCAACUUCCGUCUGACCGUCAUACGUCAGAAGCUACAUCGCCUGUACCUCGAGGGACUGACUGGACAAAAGACCUCGAGAUUCCGAUUGGAGAAAGACCAGACUCAUCGAAGAGCUGGUCUUCCGGUCGUGGUGAGCGAGAGAGGCUCGUGUCCAUUACCGAGGAUGUGAGGUCAUUCAAGCCGUUCAUUCCAGGAGAACGGUCUCAGGAUGGCCUUACUCUUCCUACCUUAUCUUCACGAGAGUCUAUGGUAGAGGCGUCCUCAGGGGACCUGUCUGGUCUACGAAGGUCACGAGCGACGCGCCACAGAUCGUCACUACCUGUGUCCCCUAGUUCGUCCACCUCUUCCUUGCAAGUCCCAUUGGAACAGAAGACCAGAUCCCGCUUGGAACGCCCUACCCAGCAUAUGUCAAGAACUGAAACCGGAACUACGUUAAGCUCAUUCUCGAGCCAAUCCACCCUUUCACAACCAAGAAAAGAUUAUAGUGUCUGGAUGCCUCCAUCUACAGUCGCAUCUGACGAGUCCGAGGAAGACAACAGCUAUAAGGAAUCAAUCUCUAUAGCGCGGCCACAUCUCCACCGCAGGUUAUCAUCAGUACCGACUCUCGAUCCACCUCGUACUUCGAAGCUUCGUCCAACAAGCGAGCCAAACUCACCGACCCAGCCUCCAGACAUAUUUGACCACCCGUCACCAGCCCAGCUCGAAGGACCUCCGAAGCCUUUAUCUGUACCAACCAAACUACAGAAACGAAAGCCAAACGGUAAGGGUGUCAGUUUCGAUGACAUCCUCGGCGACAUCUCCAGUAAAGAUAAAGACUUACCUCCUCCGAAGCCGAAGCGCUUCUCUCUCCCGUCUUUUACUCCUAACUUCUUGAAAAGGCAUCGCAGAUCGUCCUCUCCUCUCAAACAUGAGUACGAACCAUCCCUUGCGACGGAGUCUUCUACAGAAACUGAGUCGUCUUAUCUUGAGGACGACGAUGAUUCUAUCACGUCCGAUUCAUCUGAAGAUGUGCUGGAAAAUAUCGAGGACGUCCCAUCAUUCGAUUCGCCUUCCCUGAACAAGAUCGGAAAGGCAACCCCACCAGCAUCGCUUGCCUCGUUAGCAACCACUACGCUCGGUCCCUCAAAUUCUGCCUCCCAAGCUCCGUAUCGAGCAGUUCCCACCCAGACAGUAGAUGUCUCGAAGACUGUCGCAUCACUUUAUUCAUGGUCUGAUCGAGGUGCGUGGGAGAUCCUGCACCCCAACGAGUGCGUCGUUCUUGUCACGCCGGGAUUGAUCGAAGCUUUUGACAUGAACGAAGCUAUUCCGGAUGGUAGUGAUAUGACAAGUCCUUCUGCUAGAGGUAUACAGCCUCUGGUAGCAUUUGAAGUCACUCCUCUGGUACCUCUGCGUCGUGGAACAGCUCUUGAUAUAUCGAUCAGAUCACCUCCCACAGCCAGUUCCCUAAUCCGUGCCAGCAGUAACGUCAUGUUCCGUUCUCGGAGCGUUGAAGAGUGUGAUAUGCUAUACUCGUUCAUCAAUACUGCUCGAAUUAAUAAUCCAACAUAUAUUGCUCUGCAAAACGCCAGGGGACCAGUUACUGAAAACACAUGGGCUGCCGCAAUGGACCGCAACGACGGCCAGCGAGCAGCAAAUGGCUCGUGGUUCCAUAAUUCUCUCCGCAGGAGUAAUACAUAUCGAUCCAAGACCUCUCGGACACCUUCUGCAUUGACUGAUUCUUCUGUCGGUACAAUGAACACCGCUUUUUCUGCGUUGCGCCGGUUCAAUGGCAACAGUCGACUCUUCAAUAUCGCCAAAAGUACAAUCACAUCACGUCAAGGUAGUCGCAGUGGCACAAGUGAAUCGCUCUCUUCUGGGGCGUCGACUCCGGCUGUCUAUGACUCAUCGCAAGGCACUCCGCUCGGAAUCACGAAUGCCAAAAUUCGAUUGUACAUACGCGAGUCACAGAACAAAUGGAGGGAUAUGGGCUCAGCACGACUAUCCAUACUUCUGCCUCCACGUGCAUCAAAUGGACUCCCAGCAAGUCCUCGAACAAUGGGAUUGGAAAAACGCAUCUUAGUCAGUGGUAAAACUAGAGGUGAAACACUGUUGGAUGUCAUUUUGGGCGAGAGUUGCUUCGAGAGGGUAGCCAGAACAGGCAUUGCAGUCAGUGUCUGGGAAGAUAGAACUGGUCCAGGCACUACAGGCGGAGUCCUGGCUUCGAAAGCAAACGCCUACAUGAUUCAGCACAAGACCGAGCGCGAGUGUGCAUAUACGUUUGGCCUUGUCGGUAAGCUUAGGUACUGAAAUGGAACAAACAGCAAGCCCUUCUGUCAAUGUUGACAGCUUCAUCGAACUCCCCUUUUCUCAAUUCACUUCACUUCACUUCACGAAUCACAUAUUACGGCCUAAUACUUGUUGUAAUUAUAUAACUUUUUCAAGUGGUAGAGAAAUGAUUACGCAAGCCUCCGAGACCUGUUGCCGGGCUAUCACCAUCUUGACCUGUAUGGCUGGUCCUCCAGCACAUUCAGUCUCACUCAGGCCCGUACAGCAAUCAGGCGUGCCUUCAACUUCGUCCAAGCUCACUUGAUGUACACUGAACAGUAAAUAGUGCUACAAGUGAGAAGCAACGCACGAAUGACUCGAAGCCAGCAAACAUAAAUAAGUUACCCUGGUCCGUACACACUCCGAAACACCAACAACAAUC